CUGUCACUGAGCAUCACUCCCCAUUUUGAAAUAAAGGUGCUGUUCCUACAGUAUUCUCUCAUUUUUACAUUGCUCUCCACUUAAAUGUUCAACAUGGGAAUUUCUAUCCACUGGAAUUGGAUUUCUGUGCUGUUAUGUUUUCUCUGUAUGGGUGACGUUCAUUGUAAUUGUCCAGAGGAUAAUAUACAAAUUGAAGGAGGUAAUUUCACACUGACCAAGGGGCUGCAGAGAGACAGCAUAUUGGUGUAUAGCUGUCGUGAAGGCUAUUAUCCAUACCCCGCCUCGCAUCGUGUGUGCCAGGCUAAUGACAGGUGGAAUCCACCACCCAAAAAAUUUUUACCUCAGAGAUGCAGACUUGUCGAAUGCCCUGACCCCAGCGUGCUGGAAUACGGAAAUGUCUUCCCUCCCCAGGAGAAGUACUUUGUGGACAACGAGACCACGUACGAAUGCUACUCUGGGUACACACUGAGAGGGUCAUCUAGACGUGUUUGCUUAAAAAAUGGCAAGUGGAGCGGCUCCAUUCCCAUCUGCAGCCACGAUUCUGGUGCUGAUUGUGCUGAUCCUGGUAUUCCAGCUGGAGGCUCAAGAGUAGGAAACAUGUUUGGUAUUGACGACAGGGUGCAAUACUCAUGCAACAACAACCUGUUUUUGGUGGGCUCCAAGGAAAGAGUGUGUCAAGAGAGUGGCCAGUGGACUGGUACAGAGCCAUCAUGCUACUACAAACACACCUAUGACACUCCACUGGAGGUAUCAGCAGCAUUUGGCAGUGCCAUCAAAGGAAGCCUCACUACAUUAGAGUCCACUGAUGACACACAGGCGGGGAGAAAAAUCAGGAUUACAAAAAAUGGUACACUUAACAUCUAUAUUGCUGUGGAUAUUUCUGCGAGCAUCGAAGAGAAAUACUUCAAUCAGUCAAAAAAUGUUGUCAUAAAACUUAUGGAAAAGAUUGCCUCCUUUAGCGUGACUCCAAACUAUGAAAUCGUCUUUUUCUCCUCUGAACUAUAUGAGGUAGUCAACAUUCUUGAUUUUUUUGACAGCACAGUGAGUCUUAGCACCACCAAGAGUGAAUUGGAAAAAUUUAAGAUAGGUGACAGAAACACUGGAACAGAUCUGAACAGGGUAUUCAUGACCUUCUUGGAGCGAAUGGCUGUCAUAAAGCGUCGAGUUGGAGAAAAGACAUUUAAGGAACAUCGUCAUGUCAUCAUCCUUUUUUCAGAUGGUGCUUACAAUAUGGGCGGUUCCCCUGCACCCACUGUGGAACAAAUAAAGAACAUGGUAUAUAUGAACCACACUACUGAGCAGCAGGCCGAAUCCAGAGAAGACUAUCUUGACAUUUACGUUUUUGCCAUUGGCGAUCUGAUCUUUGAUGAUGACCUGCAGCCCCUCACUACACAAGAACAAGGCACACGCCAUUACUUCAGAAUGAAAGACUAUGAAAAUUUGGAAGACAUGUUUGACGAAAUAAUUGAUGAAGAAGAUGUUAAGGGUCUAUGUGGUCUUUACAGGGAACCUAAUACAAAAGAUGACAAGAAAACACAACGGAGGAAGAAGUACCCAUGGUUUGCAUUUGUUAUUGUCCAGAAUGGAGAAAAGACAAAGAAAUGUAUUGGCUCUCUGGUGACACGAAGGUUUGUGUUGACUGCUGCUCAUUGUUUCACAUUCGGUGAUUUGCCUCAACAUGUCAAAGUUGAAAUUGAUGAUGGACAGGGUACAAAAGUAAAAAAAAUAGACACUUUCAAACUACACCCAGACUACAAUAUUCGUGCUAAAAGCAAUCUCGGCAUUCAGGAGUUUUAUGAUUAUGAUGUUGCUCUCAUCCAACUGUCUGCUGAUGUGCAGAUCUCCUCUGUCGUGAGACCCAUUUGCAUACCUUGCACCCAGGAGACCAGUACUGCUCUAAAACUGGCUGACAAAUCCACCUGCAAGCAGCAAGAACAACUUCUGUUAAAGAAUUAUCUAGAAAGACUCAGUUUCCUGACCAGAGAGGAAGAGACAGUGGCUGAAAAAGAUGUCCAUGCUAAGAUUGGCGCUAAUAGAGACGAAUGCAUCAAACAUGCACUGAAGGCACCGGAAAUACCAAAGAACAUCACAUCACCUGAGGAGCUGGUGACUGAGAACUUCCUAUGCACUGGUGGUCUGGAGCCUGUCAGAGAUGAUGUAGCAUGUCGAGGUGACUCUGGAGGUGCUGUGUUCAAGAAUUAUGAGCAACGCACAAUACAGGUUGCAUUGGUAAGCUGGGGAACCAGGGAUCUUUGCCAAAUCAAAAAUUUUCCUGAUCCAGUUAAAGAAUCCAGAGAUUUUCACAUUAAUCUUUUCAAAGUUGUCCCCUUUCUCAAGUCUAUCCUGGGAAAUGAGCAGCAGGAUGACUAUGCACCCCUUUCGUUUUUGGAAAAUUAAACGCAUCAGCAUAUAUUAAUUAGUUUUGACCUGUCACUCAUAAUGUGUAGCCAUUAUAUCAGUACAUCCAUUCAAACACGUUUUAUUCUGAAUGUAUUCAGCAUGGCAAUAAACCUGUUUGUAAUGAAUUAGCUUUAUCCUAUAUUAAGAUGUUUUUAAACAGAUGCUAAUUAAAAUAUUACAUCCUG